AUGGAGCAAAUCGUGUCGAUAUUGAAGGAAGCGCUCGAACCGAUCGGCGGUGUUGGUGAGAAGACGAAUCGAGGAUUGGGCGACGGACAACGACCGGUACUGGGACCAGAACCGCCGGCCAUGUACGAGGAGUGGCCGACGCUCGAGUUCCCCGACCUUACAAAGUCCAUACUUGACUUAUUCACAAAGACUACAAGUGAAUCAGUGUCAUCCUCGCUAUUGUAUGAACUAACUCGAUCGGAUAGUGAAGAGAGUGAGCAAGCAUCCAUCAGGUUGCAGACGGACGAUCAAUUGAGAUGGUGUAUGCAGGUACUGAAUCAUUCUCUAACACUUUCGUUCUAUACGCAUCGAGAAUACGAAACAGUACAUGGCGCUGUACGGAUCUACCUGCAUUGGUUGCUGGCACUCACUGACAUUCCAGAUGGGAACAUACCGACGCCGUUGUUAAAUACACCUGAAAAAUAUUUUAGGAACAUUAUUGAUGCGCUUCGAAAUCUGUUUUGUCGAAGGAGUGAAGUAAAAGGAGAGGUACCUCGAGGGUUAGCCAUCGAGCGACAGGCUCGAGAAGUCGAAACUGUCUUGGAUGCCAUAAGAGGAUUGACACAUUCAGCAAGCAGGAAGUAUCAAAAUGAGGUUUGGGCCCGUACGCUCAGUUUUCUUCUUAAUUCGGCCGAUCUUCUCUUGGCUGAUCCUCUUUCGCCUGAGGAAAUGGGUAUGCGAGUUGGUUCACGCGUCGUGGAUACCUUAUUCGAUUUGUGGUUUCAUGCUGUAAUGAAUGAAGAAAUCCCGUCACCAACGUACUGGCGGACGUUAGCGGCGCUUUGUCGGCGAUGGAGGCAUCACGUAACCGUGGUUGAGUCUUGGGCUAGAAAACUUUUAGCGCUGACGGUGUUGGUUUGCCGUAAGAUGUACGGAGACGAGUACUGUAGGAUUUCUAUACACGAUGAAAGCAUUACUCCGUUUGCCUAUUUGCCUCCUGUGGAAGAUGACGAAGUGGAUCUGUUGUAUCAUAGUUGGUAUAAUCUUUUUUCACUUAUGGAUUCGCCAGCAGAUAUUCUAGCACACAAUCCUGUCAACAACAAACCAAUCAACGGGGGAAUCCAAAUAAACGACGAAAACAUGAACAUUCAACCACCAACAUCAUUACCACUGUGCUUUUUCUUGGCAACGACAGCACUUCAAAGAAUGAUCGACGUGUUUUAUGGUGAUGGACGUGUAUCCAUCGAGUUCAAAGAGUCUGACAUACUGGUAAGGAAAUGGAAUACGUCUACACCUCAGCCAUCUUUAGCCUCAACAGAUCAUGCUAGUCGUUCUCGAAGCGAAUUUAGCCGUGAAAAAGCACUUACUGUGACAGAAUCAAUAGCACCCUCGAGAGAUACUCGUGACACCGAUGGAACGUUAACGCAGGAAGGUCGUGCGUCCUUUUCUUCGUCAACUAGUGGGAAAGAAGGCAGGAGUUUGUCAGAUAUGGCCAAGAGAUCGGUGAAGACUAGACAAUCUGAACGCGGUCUUCACCAAGAUGAUACGAGUGGAACUAAUAUGAGCUCGUCACAUCAUCUUAGUACUAGUGCUACGAGUCGACAGACUCUAGAUCAGGUAUCUCCGGCUACGUCAAAAUUUAGCGAAAGUGUGAGCCAAGGACGACUGUUGGAUGCAAAACAGUCAGUUGCGUCCUCCGAAAGCACAUCAAGACCGCUUGCUGUGCACUUUGUGGCGCAUACCUUAGCAGUCAAUCCCGCCUAUAUUCCAUGGGUGGGCGAAAAGGGACCGAAGGCAGAACGCCUGUUGAAUUUAACAAUGGAAUGGCUGUUAGCGGCGGCACGCGCGAAAACUGAACACAAAGGAAAGGCAGAAGUGGCCGAUGAUGUAAUAGCCGGUUUGUCCAUACAUUCGGUGGAUUUGGAUGACGUGCCUGAGGCAAUGAUCGCUGGUACCGGCGGUAAUAAGCGUCGGAGUAUUGCGAGUUCAUGCUCAUCAGCAACCGGGGACUCGGUCAAGGGUGAUAACGGCAGCAGCGUAUUUACUGGCGCUACGAACACCGAAGGCAUUGAUGGUGUCUCAGCGGGUCGAGCGGCUGCGAUUGCAGCUCUCACAAGGAUAAUCUGCUCAAAACGGACCAGUGAAAAACUUCCCAAUCAUCAGCUGGCUAAUUUUUUGUCCACCAUACACGAUGCAUUGAUUGAGAAGGAUCGACUAGUUCUUUGUUCAUUGUUCUAUUAUGGACAGAAUCUGUUCCGGCUUGGACUAACUGGUGUGGAGACUAUACUGCCGCAUUAUCUUUUUGCACUGGACAUUAUACUAAUUGAAAGCGCCAAAUUGAGGUUGCAUCCUUCGAUACCUGAAGUAGAAAUGCGACGAGCGUGUCUUCGAGCGUUGUCGUCCGUUGUAUGUUGGCCUACGACUUUUGGAAUGAGCAAGAUACCGCAACUUCCAGAAAGCUCAAAUCUGAAAUCUUCCGCAACCACCUAUCUACAACUACGAUCUAGGAUUUACAAGACAUUAGUGUUCAGCUUGAGAAAUGAGACAGAUCCUGUGAAUUUGCAUUUAACACUAGCAAUGUGCACAGUUCUAAUGGAGGAAAGUUGUUCAUAUGAUCUUGGACUCACCGACGAACAAACCGCAGAAAUGAUUCGAAUGGUCACGCAGCAGCAUGGAAAUCAAACACCAGAGAAAGGACUGUGUGUUUCAUUCGUCAGAGGAUUAGUAUCAGCAAUAUGCGACAGAAUUUGUCGUCCUGAAUGGGCUGGUGAACAUUCAGUAUCGUUGGCUGCUAUUGAUGUGAUGAACAGUUUGUCACAUUUGCAUCCGACAGUGUUGUUUAAUAAUAAGGACGUUUCCACAGGAUCUCUUAUAGUUGCGUCUUUAUGUCGCUUUAUUGAAACACAACUUGGCAAACCUCCUCCUCUGCAUUCGAAAGAUCUGCACUCAACAGUAGUGGCAGCGUACAGUUCCAUAGCCGUGUGGCUGAAUGCCGCACCGAUUUUGGCCGAAUGUGAGAGCGUUUUAAAUACAGUAGCUGAAGCUGUACAGUUGGGAGUUACAGGAACGAAGAAAAAAGAUAGUUCUCUCGAGGAAUCUAAAGCGGCCAGUAAGCGUGUGCUCGAAGCUGCAGAGUACUUGAUGUAUUCGUUGUUUUCUGUAGUGGGACGAAGCGGUCAAGCUAUUUGUGAUGAACGUCGCUUACUUUACACAUAUGGUCCAGCAGCAAUUGAUACAACUAAAUUUAUGCAUGUGAUAAUAAAUGGUGACACAUUGUUCUCACUUCAUGAAGCGUCACACAUACCAGCUUUAGCGGAUGGAUGCCCAUGUGUACUGUACGUCAAGAGAUCGCCAAUGCAACCUGCGUCAGUCGGUGUUGCACAGCUCCGUCCACAUCCUGAAGGUUAUCAACCUGAUCAGCUACCGCCACCGACUCCGAUGGCCAGCACUUUUGAGAGCUCUACGUCAACCACAAGUGGAUUGUCAUCGACUACACAAGGCAGCCAAUCGUCAAAUCGGUCGGUAGCAACUGGUUCGAUUCUGAGCGGUGUAACGGUGACUAGUAUCGAAUCAGCACGAACUGUAACUGCAGUUCCAAUAUCUUCAACUCCUGAUGCUGUAUCAACUCGGUCCACUGUCUCAGCACCGCAGUUAUCCUCUAGUGCGAAGAAUCCUACCCAACCUGCUAACAUAGGGCAUCAAUUUGAAACGCCUCCUGAGUUCCUUAAAGUCACGUGCAAACUGGAUACGACAGUUCGACCCUUAGAAGCAACGAAAGAGACGGAUGCCAUAGAGGCGGAGUUACGAAGAAUUGACGCCGAGACUCCCGAGGAAAAAGCACGUCGUGAGAAGAACCGAUGGACACUGAUGAAUGAGGAAAACAGACGUGUGAAACCAGCUUUAAGUCCUGCGACAUGCAAAUCGAUCCGUAUCUUGCUCUACGAUAUGGGUCUUGUGGAUCGGGAAGUGUUUGGAAAAGAUAUCGUGUGCUUGGAUAGCGGUCAGAGCUCUGAUUUCUACCGUGAUCUCCAUGAUCUUGUCGAUAGUUGUCCGGCGCGGGCACUUCACACCACCCACAUCUUUUACGUUAAGGAAGGACAACGUUCUGCGGUGGAUAUUCUGGAUAAUGCGCUGAAUGUGCACAAUACAAAACCGGAUUUCUGUGGAUUCUUAGCAGGACUAGGCGAAGGAGUAGAAAUUGGACUACACGAUUCAUGGACUGGUCAUUGGUCAACAGCUUUCAGUAGUGAAAGAAAGCCAUUGGAAGAAUCCGAUGCUGUAGAUCACUACAUUAUCGACGGAGUAACUCAUGCUUUAUGGUGGGCGGACGCAGGCUGUGAACUAGCGUUUGUUCUACCAACUGAAAGAAGUCUUAGGGUAUUCAAACAAGACUUAGCGUCACCUGCUACAAGUUCAAGACGAGGUUCAAGCAAAACUCCGUCUGCUAUGUCUGGUUCCUCGGAUGAAGUAAAGGCGGACGGUCAUUCCGAUGUGUUUCUCGAUGUGGGUCGGAAGAAAGGUACCGGUUCAACCACUGGAAGUGAUCGUGAUGGAUUAUUGUCGUACGGUGGAGGUGGAUCAAGCAUGGGUAACUCACCACCGUCGCGAAGAAGUGCCGAUUUGCGAGUAAUGCUGGUUUGGCUGGAAAGGGCUGAGGAUAUGCUGCAUUUCCCUGUCGAUGAGCUGCUAAGUGCAUGUGAUGACGGUGGCGAGAAACCACCAUUGUCGGGUGUUGAACGGCCAGCUCACCUUGUAAUUUUCAUCCACCAAGUGGAGCCAGGAUUAGUGCACAUAAGAACGAGAGGAUCACCGAAUAGGUUCGGCGAAGCAGGACCGUUGUGUGAUUCUAUGGCAGUUUCAAUGGCGUCACUUCCAUCAUUUGUUCGGUUAACUGUGCUUAACAUCGUUAGACGUAACGUGGCGGAAAUAGAGAAUUACCAGUUCACACAUACCAAAAGAAAGCAAGCUAUUGUGGAUUUGGGAAAGAAGUAUGCUGCAAAUUUAACCUACGAGGAUUUCUUGCUACGUCUUAUGUCUUGGUAG